AUGGCUCCUUCUCGGGAGAUCGUAGCUCGGUUCUCGUCGUUAUCAGCUGCCAAGUUCCCGAGAGCGUACGCUGCCUCCUGUUUCUGCAUGUCUGUUCCGGAACGCAGCAGCGUCACUAGAGGCGGGAUGGCUCCUUCUUUAGCAAUCGCCACGCAGUUGUCGUCGUUGUUGCUGGCCAUCGUCCCCAACGUCUCCGCCGACCAAAGUUUCUGGUUGGCUGUUCCAUGCAGCAGAAGAGCAACGAGAGGUGACAACACUCCAGCAUCCCGCAGUCUUUCUCCUUCUCCACGAGUUGCUAAGCAAGAACAGAGGAUCGAUGCUGACUGGAUCUCUGGCUGGGCAGCUUCUCGAAUGCAUCCGCGCGGUGCUUCGAACUCGGACUCGCUCAUCUUGGAGUAA